GGCGUUGUCCCCGCACAUGGAAGCUUCCAUGAAUUGCCAAUGAUAACCGGAAGUUUUGGUAGAGAGCUGGGAAGAUGAGAAUCCCUUUCCGGUCGGUAUGCGAGUAGGAAGGAAGAGUUGUCGCGCAUCAUUUUCUCUCUCAAGUUCUGCCGAAUUCUAUAGACGACCCUAAUUGGCAGAUGAGGCCCCUCCCACCCAGGCGUUUCUAUAGCAGCGGCUACAUCUUUCCCUCUUGAGUAGAUUCUUCAGCAGUCACCACCUCCUGGGUGCUUAGAGUCUCUACAAGAUGCCAUACCUUGGUUCAGAGGAUACGUUGAAGGAGCUGAAGAGAGCACUCUCUAACCCUCAUGUGCAAGCUGACCAUCUCCGCUACAGGAAUGUUAUCCAGCGAGUGAUCAGGCAUAUGACUCAAGGUGUAGAUGUGUCAAGUGUCUUUAUGGAGAUGGUUAAGGCUAGUGCCACAGUGGACAUUGUUCAGAAGAAGCUAGUAUACUUGUACAUGUGCACGUAUGCUCCACUGAAGCCAGAUCUAGCUCUUUUAGCUAUCAAUACUUUGUGCAAAGACUGCUCAGAUCCCAACCCCAUGGUUAGAGGACUGGCUCUACGCAGUAUGUGCAGUCUGAGGAUGCCUGGUGUGCAGGAGUAUGUUCAACAGCCAAUUCUGAAUGGUCUGCGAGACAAAGCUUCCUAUGUAAGGAGAGUAGCUGUUCUUGGAUGUGCAAAGAUGCAGAAACUCCAAGGAGACAGUGAAGUUGAUGCUGCACUGGUUAAUGAGUUGUAUAGUUUGCUUCGUGACCAAGAUCCUAUUGUAGUGGUAAAUUGUUUAAGAGCUCUAGAGGAAAUCCUAGAACAUGAGGGAGGAGUUGUCAUCAACAAGCCUAUUGCCCACCAUCUACUUAACAGGAUGCCUGAUCUAGACCAAUGGGGCCAGGGUGAGGUGCUGACUUUCCUGUUGCGUUACAAGCCCCGCUGUGAAGAAGAGCUCUUUGACAUUCUUAAUUUACUGGAUGGGUAUCUCAAAAAUAGCAGUUCCAGUGUGGUGAUGGCUGCCACAAAACUCUUCUUGGUUUUGGCCAGAGACUUUCCCCAUGUGCAGGCAGAUGUGUUGGUGAGAGUAAAGGGGCCACUCCUGGCAGCUUGCACUUCUGAGAGUAGGGAACUCUGCUUCACUGCCUUGUGUCAUGUACGCCAGAUCUUAGAUAGCUUUCCUGGUCACUUCAGCAGCCAUUACAAGAAGUUCUUCUGCUCGUACUCAGAACCACAUUACAUCAAAUGCCAGAAAAUGGAGGUGCUAUGCAAGUUGGUGAAUGAUGAGAAUGUGCAGCAGGUACUAGAGGAAUUGAGGGACUACUGCACUGAUGUGUCAACAGAGCUUGCACAGGGAGCAAUCUUUGCCAUAGGCAACAUUGCAAGGACAUAUACAGAGCAGUGUGUGGGGAUCCUAAGAGAACUCCUUGAGCUGAAGCAGGAACAUAUAACUUCAGCGGUGGUGCAGGUGUUCCGGGAUCUGGUGUGGUUGUGUCCGCAGUGUACAGAAAGUGUGUCACAGGCUUUGUCUGGAUGUGAAGAGACUAUCCAAGACAGUGAGGGCAAGCAAGCACUAAUCUGGCUGCUGGGAGUCCAUGGGGAGAAAGUUCCCAAUGCCCCCUAUAUCUUGGAAGAUUUUGUAGAGAAUGUGAAAUCAGAGUCAUUCUCAGCUGUGAAAGUGGAACUGCUGACAGCUUUGAUGCGGCUCUUCAUAGCACGUCCAGCUGAAUGCCAGGAUAUGCUGGGUCGAUUACUCUAUUAUUGUAUAGAGGAGGAGAAAGACAUGAUGGUUCGGGACCAUGCACUGUUCUACUAUCGUCUUUUGCAAGCUGGUACGGAAGAGACAAAAAGAGUUCUUUGCAGCCCCACAUCUGAUCACUCUCUGCAGCUUUUGGAGGAGCAGGCUGAAAGCUCUGUGAAUACAUGGGCAUCUGAUUUUAACUCCUUGGUACCCAUAUACGGCAAAAAGCAAUGGGCAGCUAUGACAGCCGGCCAGGUUACUGAACUUCGCCAUGUAGAUUCCCCCUCUGAAGACUCAGCAUUGGUGGGCAAAGAGCCACUAAUGUCAGAAAAGCAAGAGAAGGUUCCUUGUGAUAAAGUCAGCUCAAGCAGCCUUAUUCUAAUGCCCAGCUUCCAUCUGACUGCAGAGCAGUUUGAGAGGACAUGGCUGAGUCUUGGUGUGGGUUGCCAGCAAGCUGUUCCCUGGCAGGAAACUGUGCUGCCCGACACCAUACAGUCUGCACUGCAGGUUGUCCAUAUCCAGACUAUUGCAAUGAGCAAAGCUGGUUCCCAGCUGUGGAAAGCUUAUCUUGGAGCCCAGGAUGACACUGGCUGUCUUUUCCUGACCGAGCUGCUGCUGGAAACAGGGGAUACAGAGAUGCAAAUGUUGGUGAAGCAGAGUGAAAACAAGCCUGAGGCACUUCAGGCCUUCAUCUCAAUCUUGAAGACUGUACUGGGGUCUAUGGCAGGAUUGAUAUCCUGAUUCAUUACAAUCUCUGAUACUGGUUAAAAAUGUUUUUUUUCAAGGGUGGGAAAUUGCCAAAAUUAAGCUGCAGCUCUUAUGUAUGGUAAUUAAACACUUGCAUAUCCCUUGAUAAUAAUAGAGAGGAAAUGUGAUACCUUUAAAAAGUGUGUAGCCUAAAAAUAUAAAUGCAGUGGUUGAAAAAAAAAGAAUAAUCCUUAGAUGAAGACACAAGAUGGGCGUAUUUUGUCAUGAAUAAGGGAGCUAUAUACUUCCAAGACAGCUUCCAGUAAUGAGUGGAAUAGAAAUGGAAUCAGUAGAUAUGCAGAAGCAUAUCAGUAGGACAGAAGAAGCUGAAAUCCUGAGUGGUGAUGGGAGUGGACUAGGGUGUUCAGAAAAGGUAAUUCACUACAUAGGUUGGCAAGUAUCUCAACCUCUACUGAUACAUUAAUGGAAAAUAGGCAAUAACAGAAGUGAAAAUAUUUCCGUUUUGAAUACUUAUUCUCUUAUGUUGUUCAACACUAAGAAAGAGUAAACAUCUGAAGCAGUACUUUGAAGCUCUUUUGCCAUCAGAAUAUACACAGAAACGUCUCUCUUUAAUUUUUUUCUCUUUAAAUAAAGGACUUUAAUUUUUUAUUUUAUUUAAAAUAAAAAUUGAGGGAUUUCUUAAUGGAACAACUUAGAAAAUCACACUAUUCUGACAUUAAGGAAGAAACUGGUACAAUGGAACAGAAGUGAAACUUGGUUUAGAAGAGAAACUUGGCUUCUGCCUUUUACUAGGAAUCAGGUGAUAUAGACGAUUUUUGUUUAAAUGGAUGGAUUGAUGGACUGAUGACUAAAUAAUAUGCAACAUUUCCACUAUCUGACUUAAAAGCCAACUCAGUUUUGUGGAGAGGGGAGGAGGGGAAUUUGAUGGAAUCAGCUCCUGGAAUGGGCAAAAGUAACUCCUCAAAUAAUAGGGCUCAUAAUAAAAGGCUUUGUUUAGAAGCCUCUCACCUUGAUCUGUUGUAAGAGAAAAGGAAAAAGAUGGGGACAGAAGAACCAGCUUUAUAGUUUUCCCACCUCUGUUUUUCUAAAGAUAUUUAUAGUCUGGUUUUUCAAUUUAUAUGCAAAAUUCACAAACAUGGCCGAUAUAUGAAUAC